AAGUCUCACCUCCCUUUGCUCGCAAAGUGGGUGUAGUGAAAUCUGCGAGAUCGAGAGCACGACUGGCUGCAACAAGCUCUGGCGGCCGCUGUGGAACGGCGGGGCACGCAGGUCGUAAUCGUGUAGUAGGUUCAUUAUAAUGAUACAGCCUAGCCUGGAAGACGAGCGCUUCGAAACCGAGUUGUUCUUGCUUUAAAUGGUGGCAGACUCAUCUGUAAGACACUGCACUUGACAGUGCUGGAAUCUCAUUGAUUGUUAGAUCAUCGCCGCAGAUGAUGAUAACCGAUGUUGUAGAGUAAACUUCAUCUGCAUCUGUGACCUUUUUCAAUCUGGAAACAUGCAGGAUUGAGGAACCGUUUUAUGUUGGUGAAAAGUUUGUAAUCAGUGUUCAAAAGACGAAGAGACAAUGUAGACUUGCAAGGCUGGAUAUCUGUCAUAGAAAUUUGUGAUUAAAUUGCUUCAUUAUCCUGCUAUCGAGUCAUUCACUAUCGAGGAACAAUCUGCAUAAUUGGUGUGAUUUUAGGUGACUUCUAAAAAAAAAGGAUUCUCCAAAAAAUCACUGAAAUUGAAUGAAAACAAUAGGCCUAUUUUUUCAUCUUGCAAAUUCAGUCUUGGAGCAGUUGGAUAAUUUUAAUCAAGAGCAUCUUGUAAAUUUUCUUGGUAGUGGUCCUCUGAAAAAAAAUCUAAACUCCGGAUUCCAGAAUUCACAGCAAGAAUAAGGAAGGAACAUCCACUUUUUAGCAUUGGAAUGAGCUUGAGUGAACUUGGAGACAGCUAGAUUUCAUCAUGAACAUUUUUAGGAUUCGAACCCGACGGGCACUCCGUUUUAUCAUAUUAUUUAUAUUUGUGUGUAUAUUGCUGUAUGCCCUGUUAAGCUCAAAGCCAGCCAGUAAUAACGAGGAACAUAAUCUUCCAAGACUGAAUGAGGGCGACUCGCACUUAAAAUUCAAUGCUGCUGGUGACCAAAAUGGACAUCGGAAAGAAGAUAUUGGAAGACAUUUUGAAGAUAACCGGGAGGCUGUGAAUGACCCUGUAAACUUUGCAGCCGGUGAGAGCGAGCUCAAGAGAAUAUUCUGGCAUGAUGUCAAAGCUAUGGAUAAUGACAUGCUAAGAACUGGUCCUGGUGAGAGGGGCGUGGCAGUCAAGCUUACUCCAGAGAUGAAGAAAACAGAGAAGAAAGACACCAGUGCCAACGGGUUCAACGAAAGGGUCAGUGACAUGAUCUCAAUGGACAGAGCACUUCCAGACAUCAGAAACCCAAGGUGUAAGGAAAUCACAUAUCUGGCCAAGCUGCCCAACGUCAGUGUCAUCAUCCCGUUCCACAACGAAGCCCUUUCCACCCUGAAGCGAACCGUCCACAGCAUCUUCAACCGCUCACCACCAGAACUCAUCCAUGAGAUAAUCUUAGUUGAUGAUUUCAGUGACAGGGCUUAUUUGAAAGGCCCUCUGGACGACUACAUGUCCGCUUUCCCGAAGGUCAAGAUCAUCCGCCUGGAGAAGAGAGAAGGUCUGAUCAGGACCAGACUGUUGGGUGCCGGCCCAGCCACUGGAGAUGUUGUACUCUUCCUUGACUCUCACUGCGAGGCCAACUAUAACUGGCUGCCACCAUUGCUAGAACGCAUCGCUCUUAAUCGGCGACGUAUCGUGUGUCCGAUGAUUGAUGUGAUCAGUAACGAGGACUUCCACUACGAGUCUCAGGCAGGUGAUGUGAUGAGGGGGGCAUUCGACUGGGAGCUGUACUAUAAACGCAUCCCCAUCAGCGAGGCGGAGAACAAGAGGCGGAGUCAUGAGAGUGAUCCUUUCAGGACACCCAUCAUGGCUGGUGGCUUGUUUGCAGUAGACAGGAAGUACUUCAUGGAGGAGUUGGGUGGCUAUGAUGAGGGACUGGAGAUAUGGGGAGGAGAACAGUAUGAUUUGUCUUUCAAGGUUUGGAUGUGUGGGGGUGAAAUGGAGGAGAUACCGUGUUCGCGGGUCGGACACAUCUACCGAAAAUUUAUGUCUUACACGGUGCCUGGAGGCGCAGGUGUGAUCAAUAAAAAUCUUUUACGAGUGGUUGAAGUGUGGAUGGACGAGUGGGGCAAGUACUUCUACGAGCGUCGGCCGUACCUGAAGGGGCAAGACUACGGCGACAUCAGCAAGCAGCUCGCCCUGCGGGAGAGGCUCCAGUGUAAAAACUUCACCUGGUUCCUGACUGAGGUGGCGCCAGAUAUCCUCCAGUACUAUCCUCCCGUGGAGCCGGAGGGCGGAGCUAAGGGUCACAUAACACAUACGAGUACAGGAAAGUGCCUGACGUUAUCACAGGGUGGUAAAGAUGAGCUUCGGGUACAGGAAUGCAACCCUAGAUCCAUGAAACAGGGAGGUUCUCAGUUUUGGGAGUUGACUUGGCAUGAUGAUUUCAGGCCAUCAUCAAAGAGUCGGAAACAGUGCGUAGACUUCCCCUACGGAAGGGAGGGAGCGGAACCUAUUCUUUAUCCGUGUCACCAUGGAGGGGGCAAUCAGCUCUGGGUCUAUGAUGAGGGACGUCAUAUCAUCUAUCAUCCGGUCUCGCAUCUGUGUCUGUCUGCAGCAGGUGACAAAGCAGUGAUGACUCAUUGCGUUGAGGACAAACAGGAUCUGAAGUGGACCUGGGCCCAACCAAACUCCAAGAAGUUAAAUGAACUAGUUAAAAAACAUGCAAUCUUUUGAUGAAAGAUUGAAAAUAUUAAGUGCCAAUAUUAUUUGUUUGAACGUGUGAUUUUUGUUAACGAAUGUGUUCUUGUCUCUGUAGUCAAGAUUUUAUGUUAAAGAUAAAGUUGUUCGAAAUGAGAUUAAACAAUUUUUUUUGUCUGAUACAUAAAAAAGGCUUGUUGUCCAUUCCCUCUAAAGCUUUAUGCUUUUUGUGGUAUUUCAUGCUUUAAUUGUAAAAGUAAAAUGAAUGUUGAUGAUAAACACAAAAUUGGCUUAUGAAAGCAUGUUUAUGAUAUUUUUAAAAAGUUCUUAUCAUCGAAGUGGCAAAUUGAUUGCAAUAAAAGACUAAAUAGGUGCCAGUUUUGUAACUUUUGAUGAUAUACUUUCAAAUCAACAAUGAACAGUAGAUUUAAUAAAGGAUAUGUUUAGAGCUAUGCCUUGGACAGAUAUAUCAGUACUUUCAUACUUUUAUUUCAGAGCAUAUUAUGUUGUAGUAUUUUAAGAGUAAUUGUAAUAUUUGGAUAGUGAUAGAUUCCAUCUUAGAUUCAUACCAGUAUGAAAUGAUGUAGCACAGUUCCAUUAAUGUAUAGAAACCAUAAUUUCUUUUAAUAACUCUUCAUGAAUUAUUUUAUGUGGAAUUACUUAAUAAUUGAUAUUUUACAUUUUGUUCAUUCAUAUAAGUAUCCUGCGUGUUUGUCAUUUUCAUCAAUACUAUACUUGCUGAAAUGUUUCUUUAAUACGAGCAUUACUAAUAUAUUUAAUUGUACAUUUUUACAUAAGACUAAGAUAUUGAAUAUUAUAACUAUGAAGAGAUAAAGAAAAAAAGAACUUCACAACAAUAUUUUUAUAUUGCAUACUAUAUUUUCUCUAGUAUGCUGUGCAAGUAAAAUGGCUUCAAUUAUAGUUUUCCAUACGUCCAUUGAUGGAGCUUAGAAUUGAAGUAGUGUCUCUCAACUUAAGGAAAUAGAAGGAAAAGUUUUGUUGUGUAAGUCUGUUAAAUUUUUAGUAUGACUCUGUAG